GAUUUAACAUACUCUAUUUUGACAAUUAAAUUUUUUACUAGAAAAGCAGCCAACUUUAAGCCCAAUUGCCUGUCUGGUUCAUGUAAGAUCGUCGAGGGCGAAUUGUUUAAUAAAAUUUAAGCAAAUUCCUUUAAAUAAUUAAUAGAAACGAUGGCGUUGCGAGUGCUCUCUGUUUCACAAAAUUUACGCCAGCUUUCUAAAGGAGCUGAGCUUUUAAAACGCUACAAGGCAACAGCAAGCCUAAAGAAAACCCUCGUGAAUAUUCCAGCCACCCAGGUGACUCGUUUGGAUAACGGUCUACGUGUUGCUAGCGAAGAUUCCGGAGCGGCGACUGCUACUGUUGGUCUGUGGAUUGAUGCUGGUUCUCGUUCUGAAACUGAAAAGAAUAAUGGAGUUGCCCACUUCUUGGAACAUAUGGCUUUUAAAGGUACUGCUAAACGUUCCCAAACCGAUUUGGAAUUGGAAGUUGAAAAUUUGGGAGCUCAUUUGAAUGCCUAUACAUCCCGCGAGCAAACUGUGUUUUACGCUAAGUGUUUAUCGAAGGAUGUGCCAAAAGCAGUCGAAAUUUUGGCUGACAUCAUCCAAAACUCAAAAUUAGGCGAAGCCGAAAUCGAACGCGAACGAUCUGUUAUUCUACGUGAAAUGCAAGAAGUUGAAAGCAACUUGCAAGAAGUGGUGUUCGAUCAUUUGCAUGCCACCGCAUAUCAAGGAACCCCAUUGGGACAGACCAUUCUUGGACCCACUAAGAAUAUUAAGUGUAUUGGAAAACAAGACCUUUGCGACUACAUUUCAACUCAUUACAAAGCUUCUCGUAUUGUGCUCGCUGGUGCCGGCGGUGUUAAGCAUGAUGAUUUAGUUAAAUUGGCUCAAGAAAAUCUGCGAGGUUUGGAAAAUACAUAUGAUGGCAAACCACCAGUUGUCACUCCUUGCCGCUUCACCGGCUCAGAAGUCCGUGUUCGUGAUGAUUCAUUGCCCCUCGCCCAUGUUGCCAUUGCUGUGGAAGGUUGUGGCUGGACAGAUCAAGAUAACAUCCCCUUGAUGGUAGCUAACACUUUGAUUGGAGCUUGGGAUCGUUCUCAAGGUGGUGGCGUCAAUAACGCUUCGAACUUGGCACGUGCUAGUGCUGAGGACAAUUUAUGUCACAGUUUCCAAUCAUUUAACACCUGCUACAAGGACACCGGAUUGUGGGGAAUCUAUUUCGUUUGUGACCCAUUGCAGUGCGAGGAUAUGUUAUUUAAUGUCCAAACUGAAUGGAUGCGUCUCUGCACCAUGGUUACUGAGGCCGAAGUCGAACGCGCCAAGAAUUUGUUGAAAACCAAUAUGCUGCUCCAACUUGAUGGCACCACUCCUAUCUGUGAAGAUAUUGGUCGCCAAAUGCUCUGCUACAAUCGCCGCAUUCCUUUGCACGAACUAGAGCAACGCAUUGACGCCGUAAAUGUCAGCAAUGUACGUGAUGUCGCUAUGAAAUAUAUUUAUGACAGAUGCCCCGCAGUAGCUGCCGUCGGCCCCGUCGAGAACCUGCCUGAAUAUAACAGAAUUCGCUCAUCGAUGUAUUGGUUGAGGGUCUAAUUCAUUUGAAUAAACGAAAAAAUGCUUCGAGCAAAGUAGUGUAAUUGAAAGAAAAUUUAUUGAAAAAUAAAACAAUUUGAAUGAAAAUAUCCGGUAGUAAAAAACAA